UCCGAGUUACCUCCCCUGUUGGAAAUGUAAACAACAUGGCUGACCUUGAAUCAGAAGUUAGUUGUACAGUUUGCGGAUCGAAAAUUGGCAUUAAGCGAUGUGGUGUUUGCAAGAUAACAUACUACUGUUCAAGAGAACAUCAAAUUAAGGGCUGGGGGCAACAUAAAGCGAUAUGCAUGGUUCAGAUGAAUGGACAAUCGUCUGCAGCACCUGGUAAUAGUUUAAGGAUGGCAUCACAAAAUGAAAGCAUUGAAACUGCUCACAACACUGUUAAUAGUUCUACUGGAUCAGAUGCAUGUAAAUCAAGUCUUCAGCAUACACAGACAAAUACGCAGACAGCCAAAGAUGAUGACGCAAUUCCCUUUGAUGAACGACCUGUUCUUAAGAAGGAAUUCUUGAAACUUAAACCCAGAGCAACUGAAAGUUACAUUGCUCAAAUAGCUGUUCAGAAUUUGUUCGCGCAAGGUUUCUGUGUCAUUGAUGGAAUAUUUUCUCAAAGUCAGAUAUCAAAUGCCUUGAAGGACAUAAAUAACUGUCUGAAAGAAAAUAAAUUUGACUGUGGACGCCUCGAGGGAGGCAGAACAAGUGGUGAGGUUGAGAAACAAGUUGUGAAUUCUAACAUAAGGUGUGACAAAAUCAUGUGGCUGGAAGGCUCUGAGUCACACCUGCCUGGUAUAUCUAGUGUUGUGUUACACAUGGACAACAUUUUGUCAGAAUUCAAUCAUUUCUUGAAUAAUAGAUAUUUCAUAAAUGGGCGGACCAAGGCUAUGAUAGCUUGUUACCCAGGCAAUGGGGCUUACUAUCGUCGGCAUGUAGACAAUCCGAAUGGAGAUGGACGUGUUGUCACAUGCAUUUUGUACCUCAAUGAGGGUUGGAAUGUACAGGAAGAUGGUGGUCUGCUUCGCAUUUUCCCUGCCAACACUGACGAUUAUGUUGAUGUUGCACCAGUUGCCAACAGACUGCUGUUUUUCUGGUCAGAUAGAAGAAACCCACAUGAGGUUCAACCAGCUUUCAAAACAAGAUAUGCUGUUACUGUCUGGUACAUGGACAAAGCAGAACGGGAAAAGGCAAAGCAAUCUCUAGUACAAGAAAAAAUGGACACUUUUCAAGGCGAGUAUGCCUUGAAAGAAAGAGAACAUUGCAAGAAUGAAAGGGACAGCAUGUGCCAAACAAUUGAGGCAACGGCCACUGACGCAGUGUCAUCUCUGACAGACGAAGAAUUACAGGCCCUGUCCACCCUUAUCAAAGGCCAGAAUGAUCCUGAUGCCAUCCUUGCCUCGCUAGGAAUCUCUCCCAACAUCACGCAGAAGUUGCUGCAGAGACUGAAACUACUGUGAUGUUUCAAGGACUUAACUUGGAACGGAAAUGACGCAUCAAAAAUGACUGUAGUGAAGCUAGAAUUAUGUCAAACUUGCCAAAGGGAAGACCUGGAACUAGUAUCACAAAUAUAAUUUUAUCAAUAUUCAGAUUCAACUUUGAGUUUUUCUCAAUGUUUAAGAUGAGUUGGACCAUCAUACUAAAUUGAUGUUCACAGAUGUUUUUAUGAGUUUUGCAUCAAAAAUCUCAACCCCGAGUUUGAGGAUGAAUAUUUGAAUAUUCUUAUAGCUGAGAUUUGAGAUUGUUCAUGAGCUGAAUUACAAUCUAAAUACUAAGAUCUCACCCCUAAGUUGAGCUUAAAAAUGAGAAUGUUUAUGGCACUGAGUGAGCCUUUGCUUUGAUCCACAAUUUUGGAAUGAUUUUUAUUUUUUACCAAGUACUAGGCCUAUAUUCACCAAACAAUUCUUAGACUUAAAUAUUAAAAAAAAGAAUAUUCUCUAAAUUGGAAUACUAGUAUUCAAUAAUUGCAUUAAUGUUAAGUCAAACUUAUUAUAAACCACCUCUAUCUACAUCAUUCUUCAUGUAGAACUAUUUGUUUAACAAAUGAAAGUGAAAUAAUAAAUUAAGAACAAUUUACAUGUCAUAAAUUUAAUUUUUUGGUGAAACUUAGUUUUAAGUAAAUUCACCGGAAACAAUAUUGCAACAGUUCAUGAAAAGUUCAUCACAUAAUUGCAUGAACACUUCAAGUGUUCAUAUUUGACAUUUCGGAUUCAGAGUUAUAAAAAUGGUCUAUUGUUGUACAUGCUGUUAUUGAAUGUUUUUGAAUCAAUGCAAAAAAUGUGUUUUUGUGAUAAUUUUUACUGAAAAAAAUCCUGAAACUGUU